GGUUUUUUUUGGCGGCCGCUUCAGCCGGGUCAGCUUCAGCUCCAUCCACCACCAUCAGUCCAAAAACAGGCCAGCGGCAGCUGAUCACCGUGGUAGCAGGAGAAAAACACAAGCCAGCUGACACCGUGAGGCAAGGAGUUCGUCUCCGGUCCGCCGAGAAGUCGCCUCCAAAUUAGUCAAAACAGCAGCGCGCAUAGGUGGACUAGCCGCUUUCUCCUCCCCCUCCUCUCGGUCUUUCCCCUCUCCAACGACUGGACGACGGAACUGAAGCCAGCGAGGGUGACCGGAGCCAACAGCCAAGUAAAAAUCUCCCCAGCAGCCCAGGGCCGGCCAGUCGACGGUCUCUCUCGCCGGCCUUCUCAGACCACAUCACCCACAAGCAUUGCGCUUGACGCCUAGCUAUAAGUACUCGCCGGACAAGGCGGCCACUCCAUCCCAUCCCAUCUCAUCUCAUCUCAUCCAUCUCGGAGCUGAGGCAAUCUAGCAAAAAGGCGCUUCUUUCCCUGUUUGCUUGGGACAGGACACAGAGCCAGGAGAAGGAACCGUCGGGGGCCUGAGCUUCUUCUUCUUCUUCUUUCCUGGGCUCACUGACUGAAGCGAGGAUGGCAUUUGCGGUCUCCGACGAGCUGCUGGGCACCUUCGUGCCGAUUGCGGUGUACUGGCUCUACUCGGGGCUCUACGUCGUCCUGGACGGGCUCGGGAUGGACGACUACAGGCUCCAUCCCAAGGGGGAGGAGGUCAGGAACAUUGUGUCCAAGUGGACGGUCGUCAGGGGCGUCCUUGUUCAGCAGGCGUUUCAAAUCGCUGUCUCCCUUCUUCUCUUCACGGCUCUUGGUGACGAGGAUGGAACAGUGAAGAAGCAGCCCCCGGCUCUGGUAAUAGCAUUGCAAUUUAUCAUUGCAAUGUUUGUCAUGGACACAUGGCAGUACUUCAUGCACAGAUACAUGCAUAUCAACAAAUUCUUGUACAAGCACAUCCACUCUAAGCACCACACUCUUGUCGUCCCCUACGCCUUUGGAGCUCUGUACAACCACCCCCUGGAGGGACUCAUCCUGGACACCAUCGGCGGUGCACUCUCGUUCCUCGUCUCUGGCAUGACCCCAAGGAUUGGCAUAUUCUUCUUCUCAUUUGCGACCAUCAAGACCGUCGAUGACCACUGUGGUCUGUGGCUUCCUGGGAACAUCCUCCAUGUAUUCUUCAGCAACAACAGCGCUUACCAUGACAUCCACCACCAGCUCUAUGGAAACAAGUACAACUUCUCGCAGCCCUUCUUUGUCAUGUGGGACAAGAUCCUCGGAACAUACAUGCCUUACGCUCUGGAGACCCGCAAGGGAGGUGGGUUUGAGGCGCGCCCGGUUAAGCUCAACCAAGCAGAGCAGACCAAAGCUGAUUAAGCAGUGUGGUUUCUCCUGUUUAUCUACUACAACUUCCCCUGAUUCCCCCCCCCCCUUCUGACUGCAUUUGUACUGUAGAAGUAUUUUCCUGUCCAUAUAGUAAAAUCAUUUAGGCAAUUGCCAUGUUGUACCCAAAAGAUAUAGCAAAUAAAACAUCUUGUUAAUGAAGAUCCACUGAGGUUUGUUUC